AUGAGACUCGCCAACACAACAUUUCUCAUGGCUGCCGUCGCUGUAUCGCCCGCCGCAGCAUGGAAGCACAUGUCGGAAGCCGGCUUUCGGAAGACCUUUGAAACAAAACAGCGCACUCUUGUUGCGUUCGUCGAGUCCUCGAGUAGGCACCGCGUCGCCGAACUAACCCCACACAGAGAAUCAUGUAAACGACUUGACAACGAGUGGACAUUGGUCGUCCGCGAAGCAACAACCGCCACAGUCGUCAGCAUCGACUGUACACAGGACAUUCGGCUCUGCGACGAGCUCCAUGUGUCUUCCUACCCGGCGAUCCGCCUAUUCCACCGGGAUCCGUCUCGUGGCGUACAGCGCUACCGAGGUGCUCGCGAGGCGCCAGGCCUGCUUGCGUUCCUGCGCCGCUCGGCUCGACCCAUCCUCUCGGUCGUUGACGAUACGAAUGUGACGGCGCUACUGGGCGACGACGAGGUCGUUUUUGUCGCGCGGUAUGGAAAGGAUGCAAGUCGUGAAGACGAUACUCUCCCCUCUCGCUUCAGCCAGCUGGCCCACACCUAUGCCGACCGGCACACCUUUGCUGUCUCGACAGAGGUCCAAGCCUCGUCGCCAUCGUCGUCAUCGUCAUUGACUUGCUACCGCUCCCACGGCGAGAUUACCAAAAUGGCCGCUGACCUCGCCGCAUCGACAACCGCGCUCGACGCCUUUCUGGAACUCUGCACAGCGCCCCUCGUCGUCGACCUCACCCGCCGCAACGAGCUGCACUACUUGGGGCAGGGCAAGAGCCUGGUGCACUACCUGUACGCCUCCGUGCACGAACGACGUGAGUACACAAAAACCAUUCAGUCGCUGGCAAAGACGUACAGCGAGUACUUGACGUUUACGACAGUCGACCUCAGCGAGUAUGGGGACGAGAUGGUCACAGCCCUCGGUUUGCAGGCGAGCGUCGUCCACAAGUCAGGACCACUUCUAGCUGUGCAGAACCCGAGCAACGGCGAUGUGUUUCCUUUCCCACCGACGGGCAGCAGCAGCGGCGGCGGCGGGCUGCCGUCUGCAGCGGUUGUCGAGCGCUUCUUGUUAGACAUUAUCCAGGGUGCGAUUCCGCCAUGGACACCGGGUGAACGACGUGCAACACAUGAUGAGCUGUAG